AUGAAUCAGUGUGCACAGGAGCCUGCCUGCACCUGCACACGCUUUUUGGCCUACAUGGCCGAAGAGGCUGAUAUUACUGGAAACCCAGUUUAUGACAACAUCUUGGACAACAUCUGCUUCAGUGAGGAACUUAUAUUACCUGCUGAUGAGACUGAAGAUGAUCAGAUAAGGAAGAAACAGGAAGUGGUGAUGGUGGAUCGGCCAGGUCCCAGCGAGGGUCCGGCGCUCCAGUUUUCCUCCCCUUGGAGUGCAGGGGUUGGAGGCGCGAGCGCCCCCAACGGCGGCCGCGCGUCCCCGCCCUCGGCCCCACCCCGCCGCGGCUGCCCCGGCGCUCGGUCCACACCCCUGCGCGCCGCUCCCGCCCGCUCGGGGAUCCCCGGCAAGCCGCGCCGCCGAGGGGGAGGUGUUCUGCCUGCCGGGAGGGAGACGGCAGGCGGCGUCCCCUUUAAAAGCCGCGAGCGCCGCGCCACGGCGCCGCCGCCGCCGCCGGAGUCCUCGCCCCGCCGCGCCGCUGCGCCCGGCUCGCGCUGCGCCCGCCGCUCCGCUUCCCACACCCGCUGGGGAUUGGCCGCCGCCGGACAUCAGCCGCCGCAGCGACCCCGGGGCGAGCGCCUCGCGGAUUACGGGGGCUCCGAGGCACCCGCGCGCCGCACACCCCGCGCGGGCUGGAGCGCCCGGCCGUGCGCGCCGCUGCGCCGUGGCCUCGGCUGCCCGGGCCGCGCCAGAGCCGAGGACCGGCGCGCAGAGCGACGGGGAGCCGGGAGCCGAGCGCGAGCGCCGCGAUGCCGAUGCCCUCCCGCCGGAGCUCGGGGGCCUGGGACGCGCCGGCCGAGGUGUGAUCGGACUCCAGACUGGCCACAAAGGGCACCACAGCUUGGCCUGGGGGCUAGGCGAGCGAGGGGAGAGCGCGGCCACCCGCCUCGGCGGCCUGGGACUCAGCUCGACUCGCCGGAGAAUGCGCCCGAGGACGCCGGAGCGCCGGAGCCGCGGUGGUUUCAACUGGCUAGCGCUAAUGGGGGCGCGCUGGAGGAAGGCAGAGUGAUGCGGGGGGGCGGCUCGCCCGGCACCGAGAUCGCCGCUGCGCCCUUCCCCGGACCCAGCGUCGCCCAGGAUGGCAGCCCCGAGCCAUGGGCCGCGGCGGAGCUAGCGCGGAGCGCCCGACCCUCGCCCCCCGAGUCCCGGAGCCGGCCCCGCGCCGGGCCCCGCGUCCCGCGGGCGCUGGUUCCUAAGGACGACGAGCACAGCAGCUUUUCCUUUCUCCCUUCCCUUCCCUGCCCCGCACUCCUCCCCCUGCUCGCUGUUGUUGUGUGUCAGCACUUGGCUGGAGACUUCUUGAACUUGCAGGGAGAAUAA